UGAAGCGCGAUUAUGGCACCUGAGUCACUCACUGUCAGUGCAAUCCAGUCCAGGAGCCAUGGCUUAAAAGCAACUCCCUCCAGGCGAUAGCAGCUCAUUUGCCCACCAUUACCCAAAUGCAGUCCACACAGAUGUUACAGCUUUUCCUGCUCUUGCUGCUGCAGCUGCUCAUUUUCACGGCCGUUUCUCAUGGGGACAUCAACCGACUGCUGCUGGACCAGCUCAACCAGGUGGGAUUGGUUAAUCUCAUAGAGCAGGCCACGCGACCGAAUGUACCCAGAGAUCUAUCCAACUAUGACUUUAUUGUGAUUGGAUCCGGAGCAGCUGGUAGCGCAUUGGCGGCCCGUCUCUCGGAGAAUCCCCAGCUGUCGGUGGCCCUCAUCGAAGCUGGAGGAGUGGAGAACCUAUCGCAUCUGACGCCAGUGGUGGCUGGUUAUCUGCAGCAGACAUCCUCCAAUUGGGGCUACAAGUCGGUGCCACAGAAGCUAUCCUGCCACGGAAUGAACAAUAAUGAGUGUGCUCUGCCGAGGGGCAAAAUUCUGGGUGGCACCAGCUCCAUCAACUAUAUGAUCUACAACCGGGGCAAUCGCAGGGACUUCGAUGCUUGGGCAGCAGCUGGAAAUCCUGGCUGGAGUUACGACGAGGUGUUACCCUAUUUUCUGCGCUCUGAGAAUGCCCAGCUACAGGGAUUGGAGCAGUCGCCGUAUCACAAUCACAGUGGUCCCUUGAGUGUGGAAUAUGUGCGCUUUCGAUCGCAGUUGGUGGAUGCAUUCGUGGAGGCAUCCGUGGAAUCGGGUCUGCCGCGCACGGACUACAAUGGAGAGUCCCAGCUUGGAGUCUCCUAUGUGCAGGCCAACACACUGAAUGGACGCAGGCACUCUGCCUACUCGGCGUACAUAAAACCAGUGCGUGAUCUGCGCUCCAACUUGCAGAUAUUCACCUUCUCCCGAGUGACCCGCAUUCUGAUCGAUGAGGCCACGAAAUCCGCCUACGGAGUGGAGUUUCACUACAAAAACAAGGCGUAUACCUUCAAGGCCAGGAAGGAGGUUAUCCUUUCGGCAGGCACCUUCAACUCCCCGCAGUUACUGAUGCUUUCGGGGAUCGGGCCAGAAGAUAACCUCAGGGGCAUUGGAAUACCCCUGAUCAAGGCACUGCCAGUGGGUAAGAGAAUGUUCGAUCACAUGUGCCACUUUGGACCUACAUUUGUGACCAACACCACGGGUCAAACGACCUUCUCAUCGAGAGUCACGCCAACUGAGGUGAUAUCAUACCUUCUGGCCGGAAAUCCUGCCACGCGCUUGAGUUCCAUUGGCGGAGUCGAAGCCUUGGCACUCCUCAAGACGCAGCGAUCGGAUUUGCCAAUGGAUUGGCCUGAUAUCGAGCUGAUCAUGGUCACUGGCAGUUUGGCUAGUGACGAAGGCAGUGGCCUGAAAUUGGGUGCCAAUUUCAAGGACGAAAUAUACGACAAGAUGUACAGGGAACUGGCGCAGACGCAACAGGAUCACUUUACGCUGCUGGUCAUGCAGUUCCAUCCGAAGUCAGUGGGUCGCCUCUGGUUGAAGGAUCGCAAUCCACUGGGCUGGCCCAAACUCGAUCCCAAAUACUUUGUGGCCGAGGAGGACGUGGAAUACCUGCUGGACGGCAUCAAAGCCAGUCUAAGGAUCAUAGAAAUGCCAGCCAUGCAGAGGAUUGGAGCGAGGUUGCUCAAGCGAACAGUGCCGGGCUGCGAGGGCCACCAAUUUGCCUCGGAUGAUUACUGGAGGUGCUCCAUACGAACUCUAUCCUACACACUGCACCACCAGGUGGCCACCUGUCGCAUGGGCCCCGAAAGUGAUCCCACCACCGUGGUCAAUCAUCAGCUGAAGGUGCAUGGAGUGAGGAAACUCCGGGUGGUGGACACCAGUAUCAUCCCGUUUCCACCCACCGCCCACACGAAUGCAGCGGCAUUCAUGAUUGGGGAGAAGGCGGCUGAUAUGAUACGAACCGACUGGGAGUUGAUCUAAACAGGAAUCA